UUUUACUGCAUCACACACAUAUUGGGCAAGCCCAAAGAAAAAUGGCAAGUUUGUGAGCGUACUUCUUUCUGAAGCAGACAUGGGACGGAAAGUGAUUGUGGCUGUUUGCUCCCUAAAUCAGUGGGCUUUAGACUUUUCAGAGAAUAGCCGAAGAAUUAUUGAAAGUGUACGCAUUGCUAAAGAGAAAGGUGCAAGUGUUCGUAGUGGACCAGAGCUUGAAAUAAGUGGAUAUGGCUGUGCUGACCACUUCUUGGAGAGUGACACAUUUCUGCAUUCAUGGGAGAUGCUUAUCCAGAUAAUGGUAAAUUCUAAUUGCCAGGACAUCAUUGUAGAUGUAGGCAUGCCUGUCAUGCAUAAAAAUGUGGCAUAUAACUGUCGAGUGCUGUUUUUGAAUAAAAAAAUACUGCUGAUACGACCAAAAAUGGUACUUUGUGAUGACGGAAAUUACCGUGAAACUCGAUGGUUCACUGCAUGGAAGAAAGAGAAAGAGACAGAGGAUUAUUUUCUACCAAGAAUGGUGCGGGAUAUUACUGAACAGAGUUGUGUACCAUUUGGAGAUGGUGUUAUCUCAACGUAUGACACUUGCCUUGCUCCUGAGAUUUGUGAAGAACUUUGGAACCCUCAGAGUCGCCAUAUUGACCUGUCACUGGAUGGGGUUGAAAUCAUCAUGAAUAGCAGUGGAAGCUAUCACCAACUUCGCAAGAUGUUCACACGUGUGGACCUGGUCAAAUCAGCAACAUACAAGUGUGGAGGUGUGUAUAUGUUUAGCAAUCUUAUUGGUUGUGAUGGAGAACGGGUUUUCUAUGAUGGAGGAUCCAUGAUUUCUGUAAAUGGUCAGAUUGUAGCAGAAGGGCCUCAGUUUACUUUGGAAGAAGUCUGUGUUGUCGCGGCAGUAGUUGACCUGGAAGAUGUGAGAAGUUACAAAUACGGUCUUCGCAGCCGGUCAGAAAAGGCUUCAUGCACAAAACCAUUCCCCAGGAUCCAAGUAGAUUUUGCACUGUCGGAUAGAGAUGACUACAAUCUGUUGCGAACUUCACCUCCAAUUCAGUUUUCCCUCCUAUCACCGGCAGAGGAGAUCAGACUUGGCCCAGCCUGCUGGAUGUGGGACUAUCUUCGCCGUAGUGCACAGGGUGGAUUUUUCCUUCCUUUGUCAGGUGGUAUUGACAGUUCUGCAACGGCUUGCCUUGUUGCAUCCAUGUGCCAUCUUAUUUGUGAUGCUGUUGCAAAUGGAAAUCACACAGUUCAGAUGGACAUUCAGCGUAUUACUGGACAACCCGAAUAUGUACCUAAAGAACCUCGUGAGCUGGCAAAUCGCAUUUUCACCACAUGCUACAUGGCAUCAGAGAACUCAUCUAAUGAUACACGCAAUCGUGCAGCACAACUGGCAAACCAGAUUGGCUGUUACCACCUGUCCAUCAAUAUUGACAUUGCUGUGGCUGCAGUGCUUAAGAUAUUUUCAACCGCAGUCAAUAUGAUGCCCAGAUUUCGAGUACAUGGUGGCAGUCUUCGUGAAAACUUGGCACUUCAAAAUGUUCAGGCACGACUGAGAAUGGUCUUAGCCUAUCUAUUUGCACAGUUGUCUUUAUGGGCAAGAGGUCGCUCAGGUGGACUACUUGUUCUUGGAUCUGCCAAUGUAGAUGAGAGUCUUCGUGGCUACAUGACCAAGUAUGACUGCUCAAGUGCAGACAUUAAUCCAAUUGGCGGUAUCAGCAAAACUGACUUACGAAUAUUCAUCAAUCACUGUAAAGAUAAGUUCGGAUUUACCUCUCUUGAAAGUAUCCUCGGUGCUCUUCCCACUGCUGAACUGGAACCUCUGGCUGAUGGUGAACUCAUGCAAACUGAUGAACAAGACAUGGGAAUGACAUAUGAGGAACUGUCAGUUUAUGGAAAACUGCGCAAACAACAGAAGUGUGGUCCUUAUAGCAUGUUCUGCAAGCUGUUACACCUGUCAAGCAGCAAGCAUUCCCCAGAAGAGAUUGCUGACAAAGUGAAGCUCUUUUUCCAACUGUACGCCAUCAAUCGUCACAAGAUGACAGUGCUGACUCCAUCCUACCAUGCAGAAAGCUACAGCCCUGAUGACAACCGUUUUGAUCAGAGGCAGUUCCUUUACAAUGUCAAGUGGCCAUGGCAGUUCAGCCGAAUUGAUCAGGAGGUGAAAAAAGUUGAAGAUCUUUUGAAAAUGAGGGAUGAUGCAGAGGAAAUUAGCAGUGCUUCUGAAAAUGAGAAAAGAGCGAACAUUAAUCCUCAGAUUCCAACAGCUCCCAGCAAUAUUUCUAAUGGAAUGCCCAUCAGCAGCUCCUCCAUGGGAAUCACUGUUCCUCUGAGCUGUCAGGUUACAUUAUUACGAAAUACAGCUGGGAGUCCUCGUCAGCUAGUUCCAAGCACUCCUACAUUGGCAAGACGCUACAUUCCCCUCCUGCCUCAGCAGCUGCAUCAGUUGCAGCUCCAUCAGCAGCAACACCAGCAGACCCAACUAACAUUUCCUUCCAGUACUGUAGGUGCAAGCACUAUUAAUGGAAGCAAAGGGAUUACAUUUGCUGGAGAAACUAAUGGCAUUGACACCUCAUCUCAUGAAUACAUUGUUCAUCAGCUGCCAGGAUCUGGGAAUCGUGUUUUACUGAGUUCUGGUCGCUAUGCUACUAUUGAUCCUAGCAUGCUUGGCCCAGUUAAUGCUCUGAUGGCUGUUGCCAAUCAGCGUCCUUUACCAACACCCGACACUGAAGAUUCUCCCAUCCAGGUAGCAGAUACUUCUUCUCAUGGAUCAGACACAGAGAUUGUCAAAAAGAAGCGGCGCAAGAAAAUGACAGAUAAACCACUAUCGGACCAUGCGGAAAAGCCUGUUGUUGAAGACAAAGUGCAGAAGAGAGGAAUGAAAGAGAGAGCUCCUGCAUUAAUGCAGCAGCUUGCUCAUAAAGUCCAGAGGAAUGUAGAAAAUGCCAUGCAGCUUGAGAAACCAUUGCCAACAUUGCAUAAGCAGAAUGGAAACAGUGGAACAAGUGUCCAGGAGGUGUGAAAAUGCCAGUUUUUGUAUGUGCUACAGUGUACAUCGUUCAAACUAUGUGCUAGAAGCUGCAGAAAAUUUAAGGUUGUCAGUAUGCCUAGUUCAUUUUCAGAGCUUUAAAUGUGCUUAAAAUUUUACAGCUUUGGGCGAUUCAGGGGUUGGGUAAGAUAUUCUUGUGCACAUUUAAAGUCAUGCAGAUGCUUAUAGCUGAAACAUGAGAUCAUACAUUAAAUGAAAGAAAAGUGAACUAUAGAUUUGCAAAUAUAUUUGUGUGUGGUGAAGAAAAAAAAAAACAACAAUUAAUCAUAUAAUUAUU